AUGAAUGGUCGUGGUCUAGAAGCACUGACUUGUUUCGAGGAGAUGAAGAGAGAGGAAGUGAUUCCGGAUGAUGUGACAUUCAUAGGAUUGUUAUCUGCUUGUGGGCACACAGGAUUGAUUGAUGCGUUGGACUUUAUUAAGAAUAUGCCCAUAAAACCUAAUGAGGUUGUGUGGGCAACUCUUCUUCUUGGGGUGAACAGGGUUGGAACCGGAGGGCAUUUUGAGUUAGCGGAGAAGGUAGGAAAACGGGUAAUUGAUAUGGAACCUGAUUCUUGUGGGCGUUACGUUUCGCUGUCUAAUGUUUAUGCAGGGGCUAAUCAAUGGGAUGUUGCUUUGAAGAUAAGAAAAGAUAUGAAAGCGAGAGGAAUCGAUAAAAUACCAGGUUACAGUUGGAUUGAAGUGAAUGGUUUGACACAUCAAUUUGUUGCAGGUGAUAAAUCGCAUCCUCGAACAAAAGCAAUUUAUAUGAUGAUGGAAGAAAUGCGACGGAGAAUUAGGUUGGCUGGUGGCUAUCUAUCAGGAACAGGUGAUGUGUUGUUUGAUAUAGAGGAAGAAGAGAAAGAAAGUUCUUUAAAUUUUCAUAGUGAGAAGUUGGCUAUAGCUUUAGGUUUGAUUAGUACUUCCCCAGGUUCUCCAAUUCGCAUAGUGAAGAAUCUUCGUGUUUGCAACGAUUGUCAUUCUUUUAUUAAAAUUAUAUCGAAGAUUUUUGGUCGGCAGAUAAUUGCGAAGGAUCGAAGCCGAUUUCAUCAUUUUAAUUGCGAGGGUUCUUGUUCAUGUAUGGACUUUUGGUGA